AGCAUAAGCGAAAUCGAAGUCGCUGUACCCCACCUACUCCGGUUGAGCAAGACGCUGACGGGCAGAAGGAGAAACAGAGUCGGGAACGGAGUAGGAACGGCACGACCAGCAGACGUAGUGGGGCGUCUGCAGCUGCGGCUUGGAGCAGUAAUGGCAAUCUAGUCGCAGGAACUGGGGCCGCAGCGCCUGCUGACAAGAAAUACCAACAGAAAACGGCUAUUCUGGGAAAAACGAGCAAGAUGGGUAUGAAGCUGGCGAUCGGUGUACCUCUAAACAGAAAUAAGAAAUCCCAUGUGGUAGAUAGUACUAAGGUAGUGAAACCGUCGGGUGCAGGUGGUAACACAAGUAGCAUUUUAGAAGAAGUCAUGCGCAAUAAAACCAUUUCGUCGACCCGCACCAGUACCGCAUCUACGGAUGAUGGCGUGGAGGUCAUGCUCGUUGACGAAAAUUGGAAUCCGAUGGAGGUCGCAGAUGAAAUCCUAGCAGAACGUCCAUGGACCGCAGACGUCGAGACCGCAUUACCAAAUGAAGUUCAAGUAGCUCUUAAUGCUGAUGCCGGUGGUACGACAGGAGGUGAAGAUUUCGCAGGUGACGCGGUAAACCAGAGUCGUGAGGAGAUCAACAAUAUCAUGAAUUCAGACGAAGAACACGAAGAGAUUUCUGCAAAUGAAUCGUGCGAGAGCAGCAGAGAUUUUCAGCGUGGGACAGGCCAGAAAGAAGAGCAGCUUUUUUUUACUGAGGAUCCUGAACGGCAGGAGGCAACGAUAGCACUACACGAGGCUUGUGCGUUAAGCCCUGGUCAACAGCAUACUCACUGGUCAUUGCUAAUUUACUACAGGUAAAUGAGUACGCCACACUGUCGUGAUUGAUGUUGAAGCAGACCCUCUUAUUUUUCAGAGAAACAAUGUUCAUGUGGCGUUAGCUUGCUUCUUCUAAGAAUCAUUUGCGAUAUAGCUGCAGUCGAAACCCUGCUCGAAACGACCCCCGUUGAUGCUCUGGAUACCGCAGGCCGGACCCCGUUGCUGCGGUUGCUUCACGAUGUGGAGGAGUUUGGUGCCGGUCCCACUACAACUAGGGGUGGGGCAGACGUAGAGGUGUUUCGUUUGGUGCAGCUACUCCUCCAAGCUCGGGCAGCGCCAAGCAGGCGAUGCAGCGCGAACGAUUCACCUCUUGAAAUCGCAACGCGACUUGCAGAAACGAGGCUUAAGGCUCUAGAUAGGAGUGAAAGUUGGUGUUUUUACAAAUUUCGGAUUUCCACCAGUGGCAAUCUCUAUACCAUUCGCAGCGGGCUUGCAUCAUCGCCCUAAAAGUAAGAAGCGACAGAGCAGGCACAACAUGCAGAAGAACUCCAACCACCUUAUUUAUUUAUUUAUUUGACUGCGAUAAAUAUCAUUUACAUAUACAUUUAUUUUCAAGAGUUCUUUAGCUGCGCUAAGAGUGCUGAAUUCGAGUCUGUGCACUUGGUACUACAUACCGUACAAAGUGCAUGGGAUUGCGAGCAUUUUGGGGCCUGGCUAUUUCCAAGGAGCUGAUAGCAGGAGGAGGAGAGACUCUGUACAAACGAAGGCGAUGAAAAAAAACUGCUGUGAGCAACAAUGUGCUUGCGACCGCCUUCAUGAAUUAAAUAAUCUGAUUUUGUAAAGCUCGCAACAGUUUGCAUAAAGAAU